AUGGUUGUCAUUGGAGAGACAAUUUUUGUAAUUGGAGGACGACAAUGUUACAAGGAUGUAAUUGGUAAUUCUGAAACUAAUAACGUUCACGAAAUCGAAAUAGAAGUUGUUCCUUCGGUGCUUAAGUACAAUGUUGGUACUGAUUCUUGGACUAAAUGUGCCCCUUUAAGAACUCCAAGGUUUAGUUUUGCAUGCAUGGCUUCUAAAGAUGGCAAAAUUUAUGUAGCUGGUGGACAGACAUCAUUAGAUGGUGCUAUGGGUACCUCUUUGGCUGAGAUCUAUGACCCUGUCCUAGAUGAAUGGAAACAACUCCCUAACAUGAGCACCAUGAGGUACAAAUGUGCUGGUGUGUCGUGGCAAGGGAAAUUUUAUGUGGUCGGGGGAUUUGCCAGAAGAAGAAAUACUGACACUCAUCAAGGACCGUAUAUCAUGGAAAGAAGUUCCGCCGAGGUAUACGAUCCGGAACACGACACGUGGAAUUACAUGGCGAGGAUGUGGGACCUAGAUGUGCCACCUAAUCAAAUAGUGAAUGUUGAUGAGAAGCUCUUUAGCUCAGGUGAUUGCUUAAAUGCAUGGAAGGGACAUAUUGAGUCCUAUGAUGGGAAGCACAAUUUAUGGAACAUUGUGGAUGGUUCAAGUUCACCAAUCUCCAUAUUAGAUGACACUGAAAAGAAUUGGCCAAAUUUGGAAAGAAUGUUUUGUACCAUGGCUCCUAUAGGGACAAAGUUGUACUUUUUGGCUGGUUAUAAGAUUAUGUUGGGGGAUAAUACAUCAAGAACAAGAAGUGAGGUACAUGUGUUUGAAACAGCAACUAGUGGCAAUGGAUGGAGAAGUUUAAUUGAGCCAAUAGAGGAAGAAGGGGAAAAGGAACUUUGUAGCCAUUCUUGUGUUAUGAAACUAAAUAUUUGA